AUGAAAUCUCCUUAGAAAGAUAUUGAUCCAAUAAAAAUUGAUAGAAAGGUGAGUUCCUUUUGGUAAUUUAAAAACAUAUCAAACUUACCUCCUAACAUCGGCUUCGAUAAAUUCAACGUGUAUUCUGAAAAGAAGAAAACGUUCAAAGUUAUAGAGAUAGCCAAGUUGAAGAGCCUAAUCUUUAAGAAGAAGAAGAAUCAAACUGGAUAUAUGAUAGUAGAUGUUACAGAUUGCAUCGUAUCGAUAGUCGAAAACAGUCACAUUGGACACGGGCUAUCCUUUUCCAAGUCAACCUUUAAGUUUCUGAUAUUCGGGUCCCAAAUUCUCGAUUGGUUUGAAUCACUAAAAAAAUAUUGUUAUCAAACUGAAUUCAGCAAUAAGUAUGAGUUGCUGAAUUUGCUCAACAGAGGAUCAACAUACAAGGUAUACGAUGCAAUUAAUAUCUUCGAAUAAACAAAUUAUACUGUGAAAGUAUAUGAGAAAUAAAUAUUAACAAAAUAAUCCGAUAUUGAUGCAAUCAAAAAGGAGAUUCAAAUCUUUAGAUUGAUGAAUCAUCCUGGAGUGGUAAAUUUGAUAGAAGUCUUUGAAAAUGAACAAGAAUUCCUAAUAGUGUAUGAUUCAUUUGAAGGAGGCACUUUAACAGAUUUGAUAAAGAAAUAUCAGAUACCUGAAUAAUCAGCUGUUAAGAUAAUGUUCCGAUUGCUCAAUUCAAUCAGUUACAUUCAUGAGCAGUGUGUUCUACAUAGAAAUCUAAAGCCAGAAAACAUCUUAGUGAAGAACCCUUUGGCACCGUACAAUGUGUAUAUCAGUGACUUUAGUCUUGCAGAUUUCUUUAGGAGAGACGUUAAAUAUUUAUUUACACGUUGUGGCACUCCUGGUUAUGUGGCUCCAGAAAUUCUAUAAGACAAAAGUUAUGAUUUUAAGGUCGACGUCUACAGUUUAGGUGUCAUCUUCUAUACUAUGCUCUCUGGAGGUAUUUCCCCCUUCCCAACCAAAAGUUAUGAUGAAAGGAUUUUUCUCAAUUACCAUGGCCAAAUCGAUUUCUCUAUCAUUGAUACAUCACCUGAUGCACUUGAUCUCUUGAAGUAGAUGCUAGAAAUCAAUCCACAGAAACGAAUCAACUCAUCUUAGGCAAUUUGGCAUCCUGUGUUCAAAGGAUUACAUAAACUCAAAAUUACUAACUUAGAAUCAGAGAGGAGGAACUCUUCAAUCAAAUUAACCAUCAAAUAAAGUCUACCUCCUAAGACAAUUGAGAAUCUAAAACUAAUCCCUUGUCCCAUUAAUUAAUUGCCUGCUCCUUCAAAACAAUAUCAGAGAAGAUAAAAAUUUAGAAUCACAUUCAAAAAUAGCCGCUAGUCAUUAAGUAAUGCCUCAUCUCCUUUGACAUCCCCAGGAAAGAAUCUAUUUUCAACCCAAUCACAAAGAACACUCUUUUCUAAUUUCACUUGA